UGUACCGGUGACAUCACGUGUGGCAAUGGCUGCUGCAGAAACAAUCCCUGUCUUAAUGGAGGAACUGCACUGAAAUCUGUGAGCCCACGAGUGUUAGGUACAACUGUUCCUGUCCAGAGUCGUUUGUUGGGAAACAUUGCAAGACUCGACUGGGAAGUUGUCAGGAUUACAAAGCAGCUGGGUAUCACUCAUCUGGAUUGUACACAGUCAUUGAUGGUAGCAAUCAAGUUUUCCGAGUGUUCUGCGAUUUUGAUUCAGAAGUUGAGUUCGCUUGGAACCUGAUGGAAUCUUUCGCUUUGUCCAAAAAACAUCUUUUCAAGGUAAUUUUUAUCCUUAGAUUUUACCGUUAGUAGGGCCACUUUCCUUUUUUUCAAGAGAGUGUGUAAAUCAAGUGCCCCCAAAGAAGAAAGGUAUUCAUUUUCAUAUUGCUUCCUUAAGGAGGGGAUUACACCUCUUUUUGUGGAAACUUUAACAAUCAAAUAUGACUUUGACCAAUAUGUCAACAGAAAAAUAUAGUGUUUUACGAUGAAUUUAUGGGUCAAGGUGCGUUCAGCGGUGAUACCCCAAAUUGAAAUUGGCGGGCGUACCUAAUUACACGACCCAGCAUAAGCUUUGUUCCCAGCUGCAGUUAUCUCAAGUUGAUGGAUACAACAACGAUCUUAACCAGCUGAAGCUGACUCUCUCUGUUUAUAGGAAGACCUCGUGUUUUACGAUGACUACCGAGUUAUCAAUGGCGAUACCCGGAACUGGCAGGCUUACCUCAUCAAACGACCCUACCUCCUUUGGCUUACUGAUCACUCGACUCAUUGGAGAGCUACUUGCCGAUACAACACAGAUAACCUCGUAUAUACAGAUUACCUGAAAGCCUCGCUUGAAGACUUUGACAUCAUCAGAGACGAACCCAGGGUGAGACAGAGCUGUCGACGGUGCGAAUAUGUCAACAUCCGGGGAAAUGAGUGUGUGAAUUGCACAGCGAGAACCUGGUAUGAAAAAGGGCAUUUCCCUCUGCUUAUCGACAGUUCCAUACAAGGAGACUGUGAUUUCAAUGGGAACAUGCCAAACGCAGCCGUACCAAACGAGGACAACUUUGGUUUGUAUAACGCGGUCAAUCCCAAAUUUCGAUGUACCCAAACCAAGAUGCAACGACUCAGUUCUGGAUUGGAG